GGGGGAGACGCCGGGGCGGGCGGCGAGAACUUGGCGCGGGCCCGUGGCGGGGGUGGGGGGGAGACGCGCCGCCGCGGCCCCGGGGACCCCUCCCCAAGCCCCCCACCCCGGCGGCGCCCCGACCCCGGGCUCCGGCACGAUGCGCGCGCGGCUGGCCCUGGCGCUCCUGCUGCUGGCGCUCGGGCCCCGCGUCCUGGGCAAGAAUCUGAAAUACCGGAUCUACGAGGAGCAGCGGGUGGGCUCGGUGGUGGCCCGGCUGGCCGAGGAUGUGGCCGACGUGCUGCAGCGGCUGCCGAACCCCGCCGCGGUCCGCUUUCGGGCCAUGCAGCGGGGCAACUCGCCGCUGCUGGUGGUGGACGAGAGCAGCGGGGAGAUCAGCAUCGGCGCCCAGAUCGACCGCGAGCAACUCUGCCAGAAGAACUUGAACUGCUCCAUCGAGUUCGAUGUCAUCACGCUGCCCACCGAGCACCUGCAGCUCUUCCACAUCGAGGUGGAGGUGCUGGACAUCAACGACAACGCGCCCCGCUUCUCCCGGCCGCUCAUCCCCAUCGACAUCUCCGAGAGCGCGGCCGUGGGCACCCGCAUCCCGCUCGACAGCGCCUUCGACCCGGACGUGGGCGACAACGCGCUGCACACCUACUCGCUGGCGCCCAACGACUUCUUCGACAUCGAGGUGCGCACCCGCACGGACGGCGCCAAGUGCGCCGAGCUCAUCGUGGUCCGCGAGCUGGACCGCGAGCUGCAGGCCGCCUACGAGCUGCAGCUCACCGCCUCCGACCUGGGGGUGCCCCAGCGCUCGGGCUCCUCCAUCCUAAAAAUCAGCAUCUCGGACUCCAACGACAACAGCCCGGCUUUUGAGCAGCCGUCCUACGUGAUCCAACUCCCGGAGGACUCCCCGGUGGGCACUUUGCUCCUGGACCUGAACGCCACGGACCCAGAUGAGGGCGCCAACGGGAGGAUCGUGUACUCCUUCAGCAGCCACGUGGCCCCCCAGAUUAUAGAGACUUUCCGGAUUGAUCCCGAGAGGGGCCACUUGACUCUUUUCAAGCCCGUGGAUUAUGAGACCACCAAAUCCUACGAGAUUGAUGUACAGGCUCAAGACCUGGGUCCCAAUUCCAUCCCGGCGCAUUGCAAGAUCAUCAUCAAGGUGGUGGACGUGAACGACAACAAGCCUGAGAUUAACAUCAACCUCAUGUCCCCCGAAAAGGAAGAGAUUUCUUAUAUUUUUGAAGGGGAUCCUGUUGAUACUUUUGUUGCUUUGGUCAGGGUCCAGGACAAGGACUCUGGGCUGAAUGGAGAGAUUGUUUGUAAGCUCCACGGACACGGCCAUUUCAAACUUCAGAAGACUUAUGAAAACAAUUAUUUAAUACUGACCAAUGCUACCCUGGAUAGGGAAAAGAGGUCUGAGUACAGUUUGACUGUCAUCGCGGAGGACAAGGGGACCCCCAGCCUCUCCACGGUCAAACAUUUCACUGUGCAAAUCAACGAUGUGAAUGACAAUCCGCCCCACUUCCAGAGAAGCCGAUAUGAGUUGGCAAUCUCAGAGAACAACUCGCCAGGGGCAUACAUCACCACAGUGACGGCCACUGACCCCGAUCUCGGGGAAAAUGGGCAAGUCACCUAUACCAUACUCGAGAGUUUCAUCCUGGGCAGUUCCAUUACCACCUACGUCACCAUUGACCCAUCCAACGGGGCCAUUUAUGCCCUCAGAAUUUUUGAUCAUGAAGAAGUGAGUCAGAUCACUUUUGUGGUGGAGGCGAGAGACGGAGGCCGCCCCAAGCAACUGGUGAGCAAUGCCACAGUCGUGCUCACUAUCAUCGAUGAAAAUGACAACGUCCCCGUGGUCAUCGCACCUGCGCUGAGGAACAACACAGCUGACAUCGCCAUCCCCAAAGGGGCGGACAGCGGGUUCCAUGUCACCCGGAUAAGGGCGAUUGACAGAGACUCCGGUGUGAACGCUGAACUCAGCUGUUCCAUAGUGGCAGGGAACGAGGAGAAUAUCUUUGUCAUAGAUCCGCGGUCAUGUGACAUCCAUACCAACAUGAGCAUGGAGUCUGUCCCCUACACAGAGUGGGAGCUCUCUGUCGUCAUCCAGGACAAAGGCAGCCCUCAGCUGCACACCAAGGUCCUUCUCAAGUGCGUGACCUUUGACUUCACAGAGUCAGUGACAAGUACAGCCAUGACCUCCGUGAGCCCAGCCUCCUUGGACGUGUCCAUGAUCAUCAUUAUUUCCUUAGGGGCCAUCUGUGCCGUGCUGCUGGUUAUCAUGGUGCUGUUUGCCACUAGGUGUAACCGAGAAAAGAAGGACACCAGAUCCUAUAACUGCAGGGUGGCGGAAUCAACUUACCAGCACCACCCAAAGAGGCCGUCCAGGCAGAUUCAUAAAGGGGACAUCACUUUGGUGCCUACCAUCAACGGGACGCUGCCCAUCCGCUCCCAUCACAGGUCCUCUCCGUCUUCAUCUCCUACCUUAGAAAGAGGACAGAUGGGCAGCCGACAGAGUCACAACAGUCACCAGUCACUCAACAGUUUGGUGACAAUCUCCUCGAACCACGUGGCAGAGAAUUUCUCAUUGGAACUCACCCAUGCCACUCCUGCAGUUGAGCAGGUCUCCCAGCUUUUGUCGAUGCUUCACCAGGGUCAGUAUCAGCCAAGGCCAAGUUUUCGAGGAAACAAAUACUCCAGAAGCUAUAGAUAUGCCCUCCAAGACAUGGACAAAUUUAGCCUGAAAGACAGUGGCCGUGGUGAUAGCGAAGCAGGUGACAGUGACUAUGACCUGGGGCGUGACUCUCCAAUAGACAGGCUGCUGGGGGAAGGAUUCAGCGACCUGUUUCUUACAGAUGGAAGGAUUCCAGCAGCCAUGCGCCUGUGCACGGAGGAGUGCCGGGUGCUGGGCCACUCGGACCAGUGCUGGAUGCCGCCGCUGCCGUCGCCGUCGUCCGACUACCGGAGCAACAUGUUCAUCCCGGGCGAGGAGUUCCCUGCGCAGCCCCUGCAGCAGCAGCCGGCGCCGCUGGCCGGGGCCCCGUCGGGGCUGGACGAGGACGCGCCGGGCGCCGAGGGCGAGAAGAAGAAGAGCUUCUCCACCUUCGGCAAGGACGCGCCGGGCCCCGAGCCCGCCGACGGCGCGUCGCUGCUGUCGGAGAUGAGCAGCGUGUUCCAGCGCCUGCUGCCGCCCGCGCCCGCGCCCGACGCCCCCGGCCCGGGCCCCGGCCCCGGCCCCGGCCCCAGCCCCGGCACUGGCCCCGGCCCCGGUCCCGGCCCCGGCCCCGACGGCGCGGCCGAGCCCCGGGACGCGGGCGGCUCCCUGGAGCGCCGCAAGGGCCCGCUGCCCCCCAAGGCGCCCGCCUACCCCGCGGGCGUGGCCGCCUGGGCCGCCAGCACCCACUUCCAGAACCCCGCGGGGGGCCCCGGCGCGCAGCCCGCCGCCAAGUGGCUCCCGGCCAUGGAGGAGAUCCCCGAGAACUACGAGGAGGACGACUUCGACAACGUGCUCGGCCACCUGGCCGACGGCAAGCACGAACUCAUGGACGCCAGCGAGCUGGUGGCCGAGAUCAACAAGCUGCUGCAGGACGUGCGCCAGAGCUAGGGGCCUCCCGGGCCCCCCGGGGUGGGGGGCGCCCUCCCUGCAGCCGAAGGGCGCGGCGCGGCGGGCGCAGGGCGCGGCACUGCAGGUGGGCGGUGGGCUGGGGAGGCCCUCCCCUCCCCGCCACCCACCCCCACCCCAUCCCCAUCCCCAUCCCAGGGGGGAACUGGGCGUUGCCAAAUCGUUUGCAUUUAUCCUAAAUGUGUCUGUGUAUAUGGAAUAUUAAAUACUGUAUUUUCGUAUGUACACAAUGCAAGUGUGAUUAUUUUAAUCUGUAUUUUAAAAAUACAUUUGUACCUUAUAUUUAUGUGUAAUUUAACAGACAAAUUUUAUUUUUUUACUCCCAUGGCAAACACGUCUCUCCCGAUCAUGUAGGAAACACUAGCCCCUGCCCCCGCUCCGAUGCAUCGUCCACCCAGCCAGGUCCAAGGCGGGCGCGCUGCGCUCCUCACGCGCGGGGAGGACGCUGCUCGGCUCCAAGCGCCGCCCCGGCGAAGCAUUACGUGUGCGGUUCUUAGUUCCAUUUAAGCGGCCCAACUUGGUUUGGAAUACUUAAAAAUAGUUACGCAUCUAUGAAACUGUUAUACAAUUGUUAUAUUAUUAUAUCAUUACUGUUGUUAUUAUUGUUGUUGUUGUUAGUAUUACUUGUUUCUGGGAGUUCAACUCAUAACGGAAAAAUUGCAAAGCGAGAUGAAGUCAUAUGGCAGGACUGGGAAUUGUUUUCCAUGAAUGAUGAGAAUAAGGACAAAAGUCGCUGCUUCUUCCAGGUUCUUACCACUCCCCAGAGGUCCCACGGACCUGCUCUGGAGUCUGUUUGCCCCUAGUCUUCAGAGCACUUUGUCUACUGAUAAUUCAAGGUAAAGAAUGAGUUUCAUUCCAUCUGUGAGUUAAAGAAUGAGAGUGUGAAUUUGAAUAGCACAAGUUUUAGUGGACAAAGGCAAGUCCUUCAGUGGCCCUCCCUGGGCAGUAAAGACCCUCGAUUUAUUCCCAAGCCAUUCUGUUUGUAUCCACCCUGGUCCUCUCACAGUACUUGAACACUUUUAUCUUUUGUGACGUUGCAAAUUUUCUUUUUUUGGCUAUAACUAUUCACUUUUAGCUUUGGUCUCUAGUGCAUGCUUUCCUAUUUUUGCUUUACUUUUUAGUAUAAAAACAUUUAUGAAGUUAUGUUGCUUUUGGUUACUGCAACUCUGUUUUGUUUAUUGUGUGAUGAACGACAAAUCCUUUAUUUAUUGUGCUAUUAUCUCUCAAUGUGGAAUGCUUUGGAAAAGGAGAUUGUUAAAAUGACUGUUCUCGUUUAUGACCAAGCUUCUCUUAAUGUUAUUUCUAUAAAUACACUAUCUUGAUUGUAUUCUCAGAAGAUUUUGCUGUCAGUGAAAAUAAAAGGAAAAUUAAAAUCAAACU